AUGGGGGCAGCACAGAGGCCGCCAGGCUGGGCAGCUCCCAGGGCCAGCGAGGCCACGGGCUGGAGGGCUUAUCUCUGGCCCCAGGGGACCAUCUCAAGGGGCGGCGCGGGACUCCCCGAUGGUGGUGCCGCGGUUCCGGAAGAGCUCCAGGUCUCGCCUUUGCUUUCGCUGUUGCUGGAGCCCACGCCGAGCGUGCGCCUGGCCCUCUUCCCGCGCCUGCUCUGCUCUAGGAAGCUGCAGCGGGUUCUGCACAGCGGCUUGAGGACGUGUUUCUCCAGCUCGGCCACUUCAUUGCUAGUCACCCAAUCUUCCUCGCCGGGAUGCCCGUCCUGCUCUGCGCCAGCUUCAGCUGCUACCAGGUUGAGGAGAGCGUGGAGCACCUGCUGGCGCCCCAGCACAGCCUCGCCAAGAUCAAGUGCAACCUCGUUAACAGCCUUUUUAUGGUCAACAGCUCCAAGCACCGGCUCUACUCGGACUUGCAGACCUCAGGGUGCUAUGGCCGGGUCACCGUCACCUCCUUCCAGAAAGCCAAGAGACCAACAUCACAUAGACCUGAUCUUAAAGUUGCACGCUGCUGUGACAAGACCUGGUUUCAAUUACACGUUUGCCCACAUAUGUGUCCUGAAUAACAAUAAGACUUGCAUUAUGGAUGACAUAGUGCAUGUGCUGGAAAAGCUAAAGAAUGCUCAGGUCACCAAUUGGACCAAUUUUGCUAUCACAUACCUGAUCAUUCACUUACUGGUAAAGGACGGGAGGGCUGUGUACAAUGGGACCAGGCUUGGAGGUGUCACCGUGCACAGCAACGACUGGGUGAAAUCCGCAGAGGCCGUCCAGCUCACCUACUACCUGCAGUCAAUCAACAGUCUCACUGACAUGGUGGCUGAGAGGUCAAAGUCCAGCUUCUGCAACACUGUCCGAUUAUUACAGAAAUCCGACAUCAAAAUCAAAAUAUACCUUUACAUGUCCUCCUCGCUGAGGGAAGACUUCCAGAAGACCAGCUGCAUAUCAGAACAUUACCUGGUCACCAGCCUGAUCCUGGUGGUCAGCAUGGCCAUCCUCUGCUGUUCAAUGCAGAACUGCAUCCGAACAUCACACAAAAGGACAUACUAG